CACUUACCACAUCCUCUCACCCGCCCAGUGCACGUCUUUCAAACCUGAGGAGGUUCAAUUGACAGCGCCCAAGAUGCCGUUCCAAGAUGCUCAUGAUAUGCCUGAGUUCAAGGAAUGGCUCAUCACCACCCUCGAGCCGAUGUGUGAUGCCGACCCAGCGGUGAUGAGCGACUAUAUCAUUGCUCUUUUAAAACACGAAGCUACUAUGUCGGAACAGGAUUGGAAGUUGUUCAUCUCCAGAGAGUUGGCUGAUUUUCUCGAUGAAAAGUCCACACCUUUUGUCAACACCCUGUUCGAUGUGCUUCACAAGAAGGCAUUCCUUCCUUCCGCUUCAGCACCGGUAGAUGUUCCCGCCAAUUCAGCUGUCAACCCGGCGAUGGUGUCAUCUUACCGUCCCAUACCGACCGAACCUUCAUCAUCCACAGUUAAGAGAAUAUCUUCUCCCGUACAGUAUCCAGAGGCUGAAUCUGGACCGUCAACUAUCCGCCCGGCCAACGGCUCGGUAGAUGUCAGCAUGUCCGACGCUCAAGUUGAAGAGGGAGGCGAGGUGGUUCCUGUCAAGGAGAAGUGUUUUGAUUAUCACGAACGCGGUUUUUGCCUUCGUGGUGUCAAUUGCCCUUAUGACCAUUCCGAUGAUGCUAUCAUUCCCGAUCCUGAACAGAUGUUUCGCACAUUUUCCACUUUUCAGCAGGCCUUCAUGCCCCGCGGCGGAAGAGGCGGACGAGGUGGUCGUGGCCGAGGACAUCAUCCAGGAUUCCCAACACCAUUCGGCUUUCCCUUCCCCGUGCCACCCCCUUUCGCUGGGCGACCUCCACGAGAUAAAGAAGCUUCUGCAGAGUUCUCGGGAUCAAACAGACCUCCACAAGACCGUUCUUCUACCACAUUACUUGUCUCGGAUAUCCCUCGGAAUAAUCUGAGCAUACCAGUCAUACGAGACUAUUUCCGCCAAUUCGGGGAAAUCACCAACGUCGCCUUGGAGGGAAAAAGCAGCAGAGCGUUGGUAAGCUUCUCAAGCAACGCCGAGGCGUACAAGGCGUGGAGGAGCGAUGAAGCUGUCUUCGGAAGUCGACAUGUCAGAGUGUUGUGGCAUAGGCCAAGACCGGGACACGGACAAGCUGGUCAACAAGCUCUGGAAGCGUCUGCUGGAAUCAUUGCGAACUUACGAGCUAUGGAGGAUGGACAAUCACCCCAACAAGGGAAAUCUGCAACACUUCUUGGUCCAGAAUCAAGGUUACGAGCUACUCUGACGGAACUCGAGGCAAAGGAGAGGGACCAGAAAAAGGAAAGAUUGAUGGCGGAACAAAAGGUGUUAUUGAAGAAGACGGAAAAUGCCGUGAAAGAGGAGAAAUUAGAAAUUCUGAAACGGUUAAAAGAGUUACAGAAAGAGAUGGAGGCUUUAGAUAAACCACCAGAAGAUGUGUCAAUGGAGUUGGGAGAUAAGGAGAAGUUGGACAUGGAGUUGGCGAAGCAUGGAAUGGAGACGGCUCAGGGGAAGGACGAACAGGAGUUACUCAGAUUAAAUGCUCAGCUUUCAGCUUUGAGGGAUAAAGCCAAUACACUAGGUAUCAACUCUUCAGCCCGUUAUUCUCCCUAUUCUCGUCCUCGUGGACGUGGUCGAGGAUUUCCCUCUAGUAGAGGAGGUAGAGGAAGGGGUGGCUUCCCCCAACGUAUGUCUUUGGACAAUCGUUCCAGAAUACUAAAGAUUGUGGCUGAGGACCAAACGAUCGAAGGGUCAGAAAAGCUCAAGGAAUGGUAUGAAAGUACCGGAGGAGUGGUGAUGUCUAAAGAAGGAGGUAUGGUUGUUCGGUAUCCAAAUCGAGAGAUGGCCGAGAGGGCUCUGGCUAUGGGUACUAAAGAAGUUGGAAUUCCCGUUCAAGCUAGUUGGCUUGCUGAACCUUCUUCGACAUAUACCAACGGGAAUGGACAUCAAGAAAAGAGUGAUGAAGUGGAAAUGAUGGACGAAUCAGGAAGAAGAGAACAUGAUGAAGAGGAGUAAAUCUACAUCUAUCAUGCGAAGCGGAAAAGGUGAUUUAUGCAUGAUACUUGCUCUUUUUUUC